CCAGUUGGUGGACACUAAGCCAUACACGAUCCAGUCCAUCGGAGUCGCCGGCGCCAUCAUGAUGAUAGUGACCCUCAUCUUCAUCCCGAACCCACUGUGUGCCCUCUGGGUCGGCUUCUCCAUCGUGUCCAUCCUCAUCGGGGUCAUGGGUUACAUGAGCCUCUGGGGUGUGAACCUCGACACCAUCUCCAUGAUCAACCUCAUCAUGUGCAUCGGCUUCUCCGUCGACUUCUCAGCCCACAUUUCCUACGCCUUCAUGAGCUCGAAAACCGAGACCCCGGAAGAAAGACUCAGCGACGCCCUCCACCACCUGGGACUGCCCAUUUUGCAGGGAUCCGUGUCCACGAUCCUCGGGAUCCUCGCCUUGGUCUUUGCCCCGUCCUACAUCUUCGUCACGUUCUUCAAAAUCGUCUUCUUGGUCAUGUUUUUCGGCGCCGUGCACGGACUGCUGUUGUUGCCCGUGCUGUUGUCCAUCUUCGGACCCGGGUCAUGUCAUCUCAGCCGCAAUAAUAAAAAGAAUAAAAAGCAUCAUCAUCAUCAUCAUCAUCAGGACCAUCAUCAUGAUCAGCAGCAGCAGCAGCAGCAAAAGGUCAUGGACACCGACAGAGGCAUAGUGGCGUUCCUGGCAGUCGGUGGUCCUCACAUCAGCACCAGGCACCAUCAUCGUGGCAUCGUCAUGGACGCCGCUCAAUUGGCCAGGGCACCGAACAUGAAACGGGCCUACGACAGUUCAGACAAGGACCUGGGACUCGGCACCUCGGGAGAAGAUUCCAGCGAAUCCAGUUUCGGUCCUGGUCUCAACAGUGCCACGAAUUCGCCGAGAACCGCGAUUGCUGGUGCUGGUGGUGCUGGUGCUGGUGCUUUGACUCAGUAUCGAAGUUAUUCGAUGCGUGACACGGACAGGAGACAACCCGGGGAGCAGCAUAGAAGCAGGAAUCCGAUGCCGAAUAGCGGGAAUAAUAAUUCGAGGGCGGCGGCGGUGGUGGCGGCGGCGCCGGUGUGGCACAGUGGGCCGCCUCGGGCCCAGUUUCAGGCGGCGCAUUUGGCUCGUCACAGUUCGGCGAGGAUGCAUUCGUACCAUCAUCAGCACCACCACAAUCGUGGGUUCGUGUGGGAACUCGAGCGGUAAUCGAGGUGGAACCCUGCUGAUGAUGGCGCCCCAGUAUGUUGGAAAAAAAAAAAAGAAAUCCGACAUAUUGGUGCUGUGGCAGCAGCAAAAGAAACUAAAAACCAAUUUUGACUCUGUAUUUUUUUUUCUUUUUAUUAUUUUUUGCGCUUUUCAUCGUCGCGAAUGAACGAAGUUCUUGAGCGCAGAAAGUCCUGCAAUUUUUUUUUCCUUGUGUAUAAUUUUAAUAUUCGAAAAGUAAAUUUAAUAAUUCCACGAUUUUUAUAACAAGAAAAGAGAACGCGAACAUGUUAAGUCAUGGUUCAGAUGAAAAGGCUUUCAAAAUUAAUUUUUCCGGAUAAGACGAACUUCAGUUAUUGUGCCAAUGUCACAUUUUGGCUAGUCUGAAAUACUUGAAAAUACUCUCGGAGCCGAAAUUCGAUCAGAGGGUUUUUCGCAAUGACAUCCGGCAGUUCAGAAAUUGUUUGAAAAAAUAACUUCACGCAAAAUAAUGAUGAUAUUUUGGCAUUAAUGGGAAAUUCAGCAGGGAAGAAUGUUUUACAAACGUUGACUCUUCAAGGUUUUAUUUAUACUUAUAUAUUAUUAUAUAUUCAAUUUAUAUUUGAAAUUAUCUAUUCUUAAAUUUGAGACGAUUCUUGAGUUUAUUAUUCAAGAAGCAAAGAAACAAUCGCGGAGAAACAAAAACUGUGACUGGCUUGUUUUUUCAAAAUGAACAGUUCUAUAUAUAUGCGCUACAUUAUGAAAUUCUGGAAUGUAAAAUAAAACCAUAAAUCGUCAAAUCUAAAAUUCGUCGAUCAGUGUUGGAAAUUGAAAUUUACUUUUUAGAGUCUCGUGGGGCGUCUCAAGACUUCGUUCAAAUUGCGCGAAAUGAGCUUUCAAAAUUUUGAGAAAAUUGAAGCGAGGUUUCAAUAAGAGUAUAGGGAAGAGAAAUCAGAGUGUGUCAGCAGCAGAAGAUUGAAUGAUGUUUACCGAAAUACGCGAAGAAAUCGAAGAGAAAAACAAAGAAAAAGAACGUGUAUUGUGCUCAUGUGUGGGGUUUUGGUUCAGAGGCAUUAUAUAUGGAGCCUGCAUUCUGCCAAUUUGUCUUUCCGAAGUUUGAGCUGCUGCGGAAACCCUAUUUUCACGCAUUUCAAAAAUUGACUGCGUUUCAAUCAAGGAUGAGACAUUUCAGAUUUUCAAUCAUCUUUAUAAAUUAAAUGCAUCAAAGAAAAAUUCAAAUCGGAGAGAAUAGAAUUUUUUUUUUUUUUGCUCUGAUUUUCGUUCUCAUCAGAAAAAUGCAUGCAAACUUUUGCUCAAAUAUACGUUGAUCCACCACCGAAAGCAUGAACAAUUAAUUGCGCUGUGUGGUUUUACGCAGUGAAAAUAGCUUUAUUUUUUUAUCUUAACCCAUAGCUAACUCUUUAAUCUAAUGAAUAUAUAUAUAUAGGUGCUUUUUGUUUAGUUUUAGACAAAAUGUGCCAUGAUGGGAAGAAGAUUCGUAGCAGGCAUUUGAAGUGAGCUGAAGUCACAGCUUUGGCAUUCACUUCAGAGUCAAAGAGCAAAAUUUAUUUUAAUACUUUAUACCAUUCAUCGAAUAAAUGUUUUUUUUUUGCGGUUGCAGCUCAAGCAAAACAUUUUUUUUUUCGUUGAUCGCAAAAUGAUCUGUGAUCAUGUACAGAGUGACGAAGAAAACUCUUAUAUGAAACGGCGAAAAUUUCCCUCGAUUUUUUUGCUCAUUUUAUCGACGAUUUUUGAACGAUCCGUGUUUUAUGUGUUUUUGGCGAUUCUUUUGUAUAGAAAAAAAAGAAGCAGGGUCUGCUUUCGUCGAAAAAGAAAAUGGGAAAGUCUUGUGUACGGAAAAAAAAUCCCUGGUCUGUGUUUCAUUUCAUCUCGUGCGGCUGCGGAAACUUGUGGAGGUUUGGCUAAUUCGAGGCCAGCUUCAGUGACUUUCGCUAAAGAUAAUUUUUUGGAGGUGUACAAAUUGGCAAAGGUUUUAAUCAAUCGUAGCUGGUUAUUCUAUGAUGUUAGAAGCAUGGAUCGUGGCCAGUUUUCAAGCGAUGUCGACGAGCUGCCAACAAUGAGGAACCGCGUCGAUUCCCGACAGAUAAUUCCUGACGACGCCCAAAUAAUGCGUGAAUACGACAUGAGAGCAUUUGAGCAAACAUCGAGUACAGAAUCGCUGGAUAAAAUGGAACGCGAAUGUGGAGGAGCGGAUCGAUAUUCGCUACUUCCCAGGGGAACACCUUGUGCAGAUAUUUUCGGCAACGAUGCGAUCGUCGGCGCUGCGAAAUUUCGCAAACACUUCGAAUGCAACGAAGAUGUGGAAGAAUGCGACAUGUCGGACACGGUGGACCCGUGCAAGCCCCCGGGCGAAGGAGCUGAAGUUAUGGGCCACGUUUCGAAACGGAUGCGACGCAAUUGCUUCGUCAGACCUUCCCACUUGAUCAUGGGAGUCAGGAGACCCAAAGAUGCCCCGAUUGCUUUGACGCCCGGGGUUCGAAUCACGGGGCUGUUGAACCGCACCGAAAAGGUGGACAAGGACGUUGGCGCGACUUUUGACAAAUACAUGGUACUGGAUGAUACAAAAGGAAUGUUGGAAUUGGGGAAUGAUCCGGGCUUGGCCGAGAACAUGAUUCAGUUUGUCCGUAUGUCGGAUUCCGAGAGGAAACGUCGCGUGAUUUUGGAAGAGAAUCAGAUCGCAGUGGAAUUCAUGAACUUGGUGGGGAACACGUUGGGAGCCCUGCCUGCGAUGAUUGAUUGGAUCCUGCUCCAGUUUUGCUCCAGGGGCUCUUUGUUUGCUCGGAUUCUCAAAUUCACGCCCUUGUAUUUGGCCUGUUCGAAUUCCACUGAUGAAAUGCAUGCCGGACUCUUGAAUUCUACGGGGUUCACAAACCCUGAUGAGCUUGCCGCAGAGGUGUCUUAUGCAAAGAAAGCUUUGAUUGCUGCACUCGCAGGAAGUCGUGAUCAUGCUCAGAAAUCGCUGGAUGAUUUCAUGCAGGCUUACAUGGGUAGCUCUGAAGCUGUUCAAGCCAAUGGCCAAGCCUUGGGAUAUUGAUUCGAAUUAAAUUGUCUUUCAUUUUCUACGUAUUUUUUUUAGUCCACAAUUUAGCUCUUUUGUAUGCGUUAUUCUAAUUUCAUGGAGUUUAUAAACAGCAGGAAAGGAAACCCGCAAGGCGGACCUUCCACACAGCAUGAAGAA